GACACUGUCCCUUUCCGAAUCCCUCUGUCGCACUUGAUCCCAGUUGAAAUAAUCUAACGAUAGGGACGGGUCAACUUGGUCAAAUAGAGGAAUCAAUCAAAAAGAAUCGCUGUUAGUAGUGCUUACUCAUAGCUUGAAGUAUGGUAAAGUGAACAUUGGGAUAUUCUUGGAUUUUUUUUCUUUACAUCGACGGUUGAGGGGGUAGGCUACUCGUGGAGUUAAAAGGCGGACCACUUGUGUUUUCCCUGGUUCUGUCAGAUGAACAAGUCGUAAGAAGUCGAUACCACUCGCGCAUUCUCCAGCUGACAUCUUUGUGUUAGCAAAGGAAAGCUCCCCUGUCAUGGCUGCUCCAUCCUUCCUCCUCCUCUUCCUCCUGGGUUUGCUGUCUGCUGUGAGAUCAUCCUCGCUGAUGGACCCUGGCUCUAUGACGUCAUCAGAUCCCUCCGUCCAGGCUCCUCAUUUGACUGGGUGUAAGUCCAGGGAACAGGAGACGUUUAGGUGUUGGUGGAGUCCCGGAAGCUUCCAGAAUCUCACGGAACCCGGAGCACUGCAAAUCCAGUACUGGAAGAAGAAUGACUUGACGAAGGAAUGGAAGGAGUGCCCUGACUACUCCUCCUCUGUGAAGAACGAGUGUUUCUUUAAUAAGAACAACACGGUUAUCUGGAUCAAAUACUGUGUGCGGCUCCACUCUGAAAGCCAGAACAAAACCUACGAUACCUUGUGCUUCGAAUUGCAGGACAUUGUGCACCCUGACCCGCCAGUGGCUCUGAAUUGGACGCUGCUGAACAUCAGCCGGUCGGGCCUGAACUAUGACAUUAUGGCGAGCUGGGAACCCCCACCCUCGGCCGACGUAUCCGUGGGGUGGUUGACACUGGUGUAUGAAGUCCAGUACAGGAGGAGGAACAGCUCACACUGGAAAGUGUUGGAGCAUGAGUUUGGCACCCAGCAGUCAAUCUACGGCCUUCAGACAGGAGAGGCGUACGAGGUGCGUGUGCACUGUGCAAUGAGGGCCUUCAAUAACUUUGGGGAGUUCAGUGAUGUCAUCUUUGUCCACGUGCCAGAGAUUCCCAAUAAAGAGUCAACGUUCCCUGUGACUCUGGUCCUGAUCUUCGGGGCUGUGGGCGUGGCCAUUCUCCUCAUGCUCAUCAUCUUCUCUCAGCAGCAGAGAUUGAUGGUGAUUCUGCUGCCUCCUGUCCCUGCACCCAAAAUCAAAGGGAUAGAUCCAGCACUGCUUAAGAAGGGAAAGCUGGACGAGCUGAACUUCAUCCUGAGUGGAGCUGGUAUGGGGGCUCUCCACUCCUACCCCCCGGACCUGUACCAGGACGUGCCCUGGGUGGAGUUCAUCGAGCUGGACGCAGACGAGCCUGAGCCUGGGGAGAAGGACAACCAGAGUUCAGACUUACAGAGACUGCUGGGUCACAACAACCACCACACAAACCAUGGCUGCUUUCAUGGCCUCAGUAUCCCUGAUGAUGACUCUGGCCGGGCCAGCUCCUAUGAUCCAGAGCUGCCUGACCAGGAGACCCCGAUGUUAAUGGCUGCCCUCCUGUCCUGCCAACCCAACAAAGUUGAGCCAUGCUUGGGGAACUGUAGCCACUCUAGCACCCCAUCCCUAGAUGUGCUGGAGGUCCCAUGCCCCGGGCUCCAGGCUCCAGACUUACCUCCAGAGGGAGGGGAGAGGCACCUGGUCCAGACCCAGCUGGGAGGCCCUCAGAGCUGGGUUAACAUGGACUUCUAUGCCCAGGUCAGUGAUGUGACGCCCACCGGAGGGGUGGUGCUCUCGCCAGGCCAGCAGGUCGGAGCCCCGGAGAACACUCCAACAACAAAGAAGGAUAAGAAGGGAAAAAUGGAGGGAGUAGAGGAGGAGAGUGAGGAAGAGGAGGAGAGGAGAACAAACAAGCUGAUGUUUCAGCUGCUGGUGGUUGCUCCUGAGGCAGGGGGCUACACGACAGAGAGCAGUGGCCGGCAGAUGAGCACCCCUGAUCCCUCCACACCUGGGGAGGUCUACCACACCUCCCCACCUUCUGCCGAGAGCAAGCCCCACCAGGAGGCCUAUCUUCCUGCUACCACCCUCCUAGGGGACUACCAGUCCCCCUACAUCCUUCCUGACUCCCCCCCUGCUCAGUUCCUCCCCCGUGUUUCGGAUUACACUGUGGUUCAGGAUGUUGAUUUCCAGCACAGCCUUCUCCUCAACCCCCCUUCCCCCCAGAGGUCCCCUACCUGUUCUCCACAACCUCCCUCCAAGCCCCUGCCCGUCAUGCCCAUAGGGUACCUCACCCCAGACCUGUUGGGCAACCUCUCGCCUUAAGAAAAACUACACCUCCCAGGAGGCCUUGGGGCGUAGAGGUUGGAGGCCACUUGUCAUGAAGUCAAUAAUCAUCACAGACAGCCUUGUUCUACUUGAUCGAUGCUGGAAGCCAAAUAUCUCACGGGACAGACUCGACAACAAGCAUGGUCCUUUGUUUGACAGUUUGCUUGAAGGGAAGCUGAGGAAGAGAAAUGUUUAGUUGUUGUGUUUGGCUUUUAUGAGUGACUGGAACUUGAGGAAAGAGCUUCUGUAAAAUUGGCCUUUCUGGUUUGACAGAGCUUAAAGUAAUACGUGAACAAAUCUUACGGUGUUCUUUCUGACUAAGACUGAGACACCGAAAAACCCACAGUCUGAAACCUUGAAAUGCACGGUUCUCUAAUAUACACACAGAUACACUUAUGCACCAUACAUACACAGACAGACAAGCUCAGACAUGGUUCUAGUUCUAUGUUACCUGAUACUUCAAUAUAUCUGUUGUUUGACUGAUGAGGUGCAAUGUAAACAUGUGCCUUGCAGACACACCUAGUCCCACCUUAAUGUAUAAAUAUCUACGUUUAACAUAUACGUAUUUAAUUGCUUGUUGGUUUAAGUCUUAAUUUGACUGUAGAUGGAUCCAAUAACAACAUGCCUGGGAGAAUAACAAGCACAUCUACUUGUCAUUUAUACAAACACACCAACUUUAACAUCAUCGUUAUGGCCUCAUUAAUUGACAGAACACUUGAGUGUGCUGUUUGUCAAACUUAGCGCUACAGCGAGCAGUGACUAUUAGUAACUACGGUCAUUCAUUUUGCACUCUCAUUAUUUUGCUUAAUGGCAUAUUUUCAUGCUUUAUAUUUCUCUUGCAUCCUUUUUGCUGCAGAGUCAUCUAAUUAUUACCAGACUGAGGUCAGUUUUUAACACAGCCAUUAGACGACAUGUCUGCACUCACUGUGACAACUCAGACACCGGUCACUAUAAUAAACAGAGAACAAGAAAACCCGUAACACCAAGCAGAUUUCACUUACAGCAUAGACUUAAUUCUCACAAUAUAGGAAAGACUGCUUUUAUAUGUUGUACUUUCUUACUUUGCAUUAAUUGUAAAUGCAGGGACAAUAGAGCUCCACAGUGGAGGCGUCAUAAUAACCAUAAAACCUAGUGGACAUACAGGGAAAUAGUUCCAAUCAUUCAUUUUCCACCAUAGGGGAUUUUAGAAACACUUAAAAUAAGGGUUGUGUUUCAUGUGGGCUUUCCCUGGCGUGGCGUUUUCAUAACCUUGUAAAUCUCUCACGGACAAGGUGACUUUAUCAAUAUAUUCAGAUCUAUUUACGCUCAGAAUCGAAAAAUGCUAAUUGAUGUCAAAGUAGACAUGCAAAACUACAAAUCCCUGCAAGCUCCUGCACGUCGUCUCCAGCUGACACCUUUGCAAACAGAUAUUGUGUCAAUUUAAAAUUUGCACAAGACAGUUCAUAGAAUUCUCUGUUUAAAGAAAUGUUGCCAAUAUAUUCAUUACUACAUUUAGCUAACAAUGGUUCAUCCAGAGAUUCUCACCUUUGCAUAGAUUUGGCAGUCUUGUCCAGAUCAUCAUGGCAUUUGUAGUUCUUUAUGAUAGUGAUAUUAGCAUGAAUUAGCAUUUCAUUUUUGUGCAGGUAAAUACAGGUAAAUAUAUUGAUAAGACACCUUGUCCUUGAGAGAUUUAUAUGGUUCUCAAAACGUCAUGCCAGGAUAAACCUACACGAAACACAGCUCUUAGUUGACCUAUUUCUAAAAUCCCCUAAGGGAAAGAUUUAUGGUGGGAAAAUGAUUGGAAUCAUUUCCCUCUUUGACCACUAGGUGUUAUGGGUAUUUUGACUCAUACUGUGGUACUACUCUAUGACUGGAAAUGUGAAAAGGGGUAGUUAUAAUAUUUUUCUGUUUCUAAAUGUAAUGUGCUCUCGCUUGGACUUUAUAAUGAUAGUAAAAUUAGCUCCUUUUGAUGUAGUGAAAUAUGUACUUAGAAGCUCAGAGCUUUCUAUACGCCCACAACCUUACAAACAUACCCAGGCACGCACACACACAGAAGGGGAAAGGAUAGUAUCCACUCUUCUUUUGAGCUGACAUACACACACACUGUCGUAAAGGACAACAACUGGCUGUGAACGGGAAAUGUAACAUUAAAACAAAGAACACAUUAUCAUAUUUGAUUAAUCUGCAUUAGUAAUUCCAGGUGAAUGCUGUGAUCCCUUAAUGAUGUCACUUGUUACAUCCACUUCAAUCAGUGUGGAUGAAAGGGAGUUAACAGGUUAAAGAAGGAUUUGUAAGCCUUGAGACAAUUCAGACAUGGAUUGUGUUUGUGUGCCAUUCAGAGGGUGAAUGGGCAAGACAAAAUAUUUAGGUGCCUUUGAACGGGGUACGGUAGUAGGUGCCAGGCGCAUUGGUUUGUGUCAAGAGCUGCAACGCUGCUGGGUUUUUCACCCUCAACAGUUUCCAGUGUGUAUCCAGAAUGGUCCACCACCCAAAGGAUAUCCAGCCAACUUGACACAACUGUGGGAAGCAUUGGCGUCAACAUGGGCCAGCAACCCCGUGGAAUGCUUUUGACACCCUGUAGAGUCCAUGGCCUGACGAAUUGAGGCUGUUCUAAGGGUAAAAGGAGAUGGGGGGGGGGGGGUGCAACUCAAUAUUAUGAAGGUAUUCCUAAUGUUUGGUAAACUCAGUGUACAUGUAUCACUACUCAAUUUGCUUAAAGUCUGUAUUUUGCAUUAGUAUGUAAUGUUUCCAUGUAUUGUGAUUGUUGUUUAUACUUCAUGCUGUUUUUUGUUGUUUUGUUUUAGUUUUCUACCUUAUGCGCAUUGAGCGUGGAAAAUGCACACUACAAAUGAAAUAUUAUUAUCAUCAUCAGAAAGAUUAUCUUGAUCCACAAGAGAACCAUCAGCUCCAGAGGAUAUGUGAGGAGCCAAAACGGACUGAAUCAACGGAACCAAAACUGGCUGAAUCAACAUUGUUUCCACGUCAUUUCAACAAACAAAUUCAAUGUGAUUACUUUGAGUCAGUGUGGAAAACUGAUUGGAUUUGCGAAGUUUCUUUGUAUAACUGGGAUCCAUUCAGCCUGUACAAACUGCAUCAUAAGGACUAAAAGCCUCUCUGUAAGUGCAGGAAAUCUGUGAUUAUUUUGUGUUCACUACAGGAACUCUUGAACUUGACGAUUCGCAUGGCUUUAUCACAAAUACAACAGCAUAGAAUAAGCUAUUUUAGAUUGAAGCUGUGACACAGCCCUUGCCAAUCCAACCUUAAGACCAGGUUUCUGAGGUAAAUAUGAAAGAUAUAUUAUGCCGGCACAGCAAGAAUGUUCACUUGUGGAUUAAUCUAUUUAACAAUUAAUGAAUGAUAACUGUUUUUAGACACAUGCUGUCGUUCACAACCUGUGCAAAUGUGCCAUUCUCUGUCAUGCUUAUUCUCUUUCUCUCUCUUUUUCUCACUUUCUCUCUCUCUCUCUGCUACCAGCAUGUAAACAUUGAAAAAUAAAUGUCUUAAUAUAUCUCUACUAGUGCUGUAACAACUACUGUAUUAUGUAUGUUGUAUUUUGUCUCGUUGCUAGUCAGACAUAUUGCUGCUCGCCACGUUUCCUGUCUGCAUUCAGCCUUGCCACGGGCUUAUUCAGGCAGGUGUAACUUCAUAGAAGGUUGAAAUAGAAAUGCAUUAUCAUGGAACAGACAUUGUUCUAUGUUGUGUAGUACAAUAUGAAAGCAUUGGAGUCAGCUCUAUUCAUUGCAUUUCUAUAUGCAACAUUCUAAAACUUUGCAAUUAAUUGAAUAAGCCAGAGGUGCCUAUGUGUAUGUACACUAUAAGGAAAGCUCUAUCAUAUUAUUUAGACAAGUACUGCUAAGGUUUAGUCUGUUGGACGUUGGUAAAUGUUUGUAUAGUGGAAUGUGCAAUGUGACAUGGACGUGGUUUGUAGCAUCCGAGGUUGCUAUACCCAAGGUGUAGCACUUCACCUUACACCCAGAGUCCUAACACAUUAUGGCACGGUCAUAACCUGUCAUAACAUGGUCAUAUCCCUGUCAGGACCCAGAUAUUUACACCUGUUGUGACAUAUUAUGCAUUCCUUUGUGGCUGGUUCUGACACCUACAUAAGUGUCAAAACCCACAUUUAUUCAAAUUAGUUUUUUUCCAUGCUAAUAGUUUCCUUUCUUUUUUGUUGUUUCAAUGAAUUCUUUACAGUAAUGUUUUUUUAUCAGAUUUUAAUUAACUUGUAGAAAAUACACUUUUUGACACUGUCAUGAAGCAUUAAGACCAUCCUGUGUCACUUUACUUGGACUAAGAAAAUACACCAUAUGACACUGUCAUGAAGCAUUAUGACCAUCAGAAUCAUAUAAGCCUCGUACAUGUCCUAAUGUCAGAUACAAGUCAAAAAGGGAGUGUCUUGUUCGCCUCCUGCAUGGGGGGUAGGUAAUACUGUGGACUCGUAGGCUGUGGUGUAAUGGAAUGUUUUGCCUUGCGUGGUACAGUAGGUUUUGUGGGUUUUGACAUUCUUAUGUAGGUGUCAGAACCAGCCAUAAAAUAACGCAAUAUAUGUCCCAAUGGGUCUAAAUAUAUGUGUCAUGACAGCGUUAGGACCAUAUAACAUGUUAUGACGCUGGGUGUCAAGUAACGUGUUACCAUUCAAGGUUACCAGACAUUUGUUUACCAUUUGUGUCAGUAAUUUUGCCAAUGUACCUUAUGUUAAAUUGAAUACUAAUGUGUCAAUAUUAGCUCAAUUAUUUGUGCUUUGGAAUAUUAGACACUGUAUGAAUUAGGCUGUUAUAUAUACAUAUUUUGUAUUUCAGACAAAGUCAAGUCUGUGAAUUAGUCUGUGAAUUAUCUAUCAUGAAUGCAUAGCAAAGUCUGUUUUAAAAUUGUAUAAGAAUUGAAGAUGGCGAGACCUAUUGCCUUGGUAUUCACUACAAAGAUAAGAUAUUUUGUGUUUUGAUCCAUCAGCCAAUAAGAAGCUUUCCUACAGAGUAUUUUGUAUAUGGUGAUACAGUAUAGAUAUUGUAGCACAAUUAUUAUUUCAAGAUAUAAGCCAAUAUCUUAGUCUAAUCGUGCUGGAACUAAACUCUAUAUUGUUUUUGGUUUUUGUACAAUCCCAUGUCAUCUGUGUCAAAGGGUUAUCGUAAGUGUUUCAUACGUUGAAAAUUAAAGAGCGAGAUGAGCAGGAGGGUACUACAGAUAUGAGUUAUAGUUCUUUUUAAAUCGACAUGAAACGUUUGCAUCAGCAGACCGGAGCAUCGACGCUACAGGCUCAGGUUAUGUUUGUUUGUUUGUUAUUUUUAGUCUGAAAGUGUUGAGUUCUGGGAUUUAUUUUGGAGUUGAUUGGCUAUACACCCAGCUUGACAGGUUCUGGUUCGAGGGGUUUCUGAAGUUCUGCUGCAUUUUUUUCUUUCCUGUUGUUUUCUGUUCAAUAUCUUUCAAAAAGAUUCACAAUAAAUAUAUAUCUUUGUUGGUUA